AUGCCUAAGGGAACUUUCAACUGCAGUGGUAAAGUGAACAUAAAUGACUGGCAACUAAAUAAUUCCAGCUUACUUCUUCAAAGAGAAGUUGACAAUGUUUUGAAUGGCAGAAGAUCUCACUUAAAUUUGAAUUUUAAUGUCUUUGACUGCGAACAGUCGGGAAUCAGUAUUUUAUUGAAUCUGAAACAUUUUAUACGGUGCAUGGAAGCCAAAAUGAAGCAGCUUGGUAGACACGAAAAACUUGCAACGUUUGGCAACAAAGUUGUUUCGAGCAGAGAAACAGACUUUUUUUCCAUGAGAGAAAAGAUUUGCGAAUUCCUUUUUUAUCUGAGGGAUUAUUUACUAAGAAUAAAGGAAGAAAAUUGCACGUUAAAAGAUGUAAACGAAGAGUCUGAAAAGCUUUUUGAAGAUCUGUUGAAUACAAUCCACAGAUAUGGCAACCGAUUGCGAUAUAUUCCCGAUUCUACGUUUCUAUAUGCUACUUCAAAUAUUGGCAACAAAAACAAUCAACCGGAGUACCACAUGUUUCAUCUACAUUUAGAUUUAAGAUGGUUAGUGAUUAGUCUAGUUUAUACAAAUUAUCAUUCUGGAAAUAACUCAUGCAGUAAUUUUGAAAAUUUAGAAAAUUGUAUUUAUACUACAAUAGGGGACCUAAUUUACAUUGCACUCAAAAUAUUUGCAACAAUCCCUAUUGAAGAUUUAAGACUGAAAACACCGUAUAGCUGCACAUGCAUUAGAGAACUAUGGCUUAUGCUACAGAUAUUCACAGACGAUAUCUUUGCAAAGAGUAAAAGUAAGAUAUUUUGGACAUAUGUAAACUCUAUUUUAAAUCAAUCGUUUCCGAAUGAAACAAACAAAAAUAUGCCAAUGUUUGAAAAAAAAAUUGACUUACCUCAUUGCAAAAGUCCAGAAUUGUUUUGCCUCUGGUUUAUUUAUCAUCUAACGCUUUUGUAUGGAUACAGUGAGAAUGGCAAUCACUACAAUAGUCCUUCCAGUAGAUUUGCAGAACUGCAGGAAAACGAUAGUAUCAGUGAGGUAGAAAAAAUAUUAAAGGCAUAUAUAAAUAAAGGAGGAAAGAAUGGAGCCAGAGACGAGAUAGACGAGGAGUUGUGUAUCAUGAUUCCCAUGCUGCACACUUUGACAUGUGAAUGGUGGAAACCUCGCACUCAAAUAAUCACGUUAUUGUGGGAUUGUUUUCACAAACGACUGGAUCAGCCAUUUCUGAUGCAAACUCGAGGACCCUGGUGUACAUCCUCUGAAAAAAAAACGCCAAUGGACAUAAUAAUCCAAGUGAGAAAUAGGCUAAAAAAUAAUUUUGAAUUAGCCAACGAAUCAAGUUUUGGAUUGUUUUUACGACUAUUGGGUAUGUUUCUAUUAAAGUACUACCGAAAUGACACGAAAAUCUUGAAUCAAAUAAGUGGACGACUUUAUUCGAAAUUCUCGCCAAAAAAAAUUCAGGAAUUUUCUGAAAGUGGACUCUUUAAUUUCGUUUCUUUAUUUCUCAAUUUAGCCGUUACUUCGGAUAUGGUGAAUGUGUGUUCCAGGAUGUUGAAUUUAUUGCCAUCAUUGUUGGAAUUUGACGAAUCAACGGGUGAUAAAAAAGUUCGUUGUCUAAUAUGGAAAAGCAAACUUUCAGUUUUAUUGCUGUUUAAUGAGAAAAAAUUGUCAUUCAAAGACAUAGCCGAAAGCUUCACCGAAACGGUAAAUGCAGUAAGUUGCCGAACAGACGAAUCGUCCCGUUCGAUGAUGACGUGGUUCAUAGAUGUAUUGAGAAUCAUUUUGACCCAGAGCGAAGAUUUUUCCCGUAGUGAGCACGUUUUUCUUGAUGGCUGGAUAGAUCGCUACCUUGCGGAAAGCGCACCCAACAGAGUUGGAGUUUUGACCAGUACACUUUUGAUGGUUUUUGAUAAAUGCAAAAGCUUCCAAAAUACAAUGGGUUGCAUACUGAUGCUCGAUUCGUUGUGGAAGCACGUCGCCAUUAGAAUUCGCUUAAUGGUUGCUACUUGUGAUUUGAGCAACGAAUUUUACAAAAAUCCUACAAAACUGGCUGCAGCUUUUACGUUGGAUGCGUGCCGUGAUCCAGCUACUGCUAAAAAGUAUUGUCACUCAGCCAUCUCACUGUUUCAACAUUUCACUGCCUCUCCCAUAAUAAAGGACUUGAGGAUUACGAGAUUAUACCUGACUCUGGUCUUAGAGAAUGAAAACGCUGUGUUGAGUCUUAAAAGAGACAUCAGCAAUUUUAACAUAUGUUGUAUACAGGCUUGGGUAAAAUGCAGUAUGUUAAACAAUGAAAACAACGAUGUCAGUGAUUUUUUGAAUAAGUACAUUGUUAGUUUACCAGAAAUCAGAGAAAUUUUAAGUUCAGAUGACGUGAACAAUGUAUUGAGAAGUAAUGAGCCAAUUAUUAAUUUCUUGCUCAUCAUUGCUAGGAAAAGAAACACUUUGACGAUCGAACAUCAACGUGUUGCAUUCGAUUCUUUAUGUAAAUCAUUUUUCCAUAAUGUUGACAAGUGGUCUAUGUUGCUUAAUGACGUGAUAAUGAACGAAGAGAAUAAAGACUCAAAACUGUCUGUUUUUAUAUAUCGCUGUAUUGGGACACUGAUCCUUUGUUGCUCUCCUAUUUUAUACGUUAAGAACCAGCCAAAUAAUACGUUACGAUUGUUGAUCAAUAGAGUUGCAUUGUCUCAAGAACAAGUAGCUCAGCAACAUACUUUGAGAAUAUUUUCCAUGAUUAUUUUAGGCAUCGAAAAUUUAACUAUCAAAUCAGAUAUUUCGCUGCAGCAAUUAAUCAGAGACCUAUUUGAAAGAUACCUUCCACUGUUGAUAUUGAUAGACAAGAGCAACGGUAGCUUCAAAGUGACGGACACCCUUUCCAAGUGUUUCCUUGAUGCUCAGCCUGAUUUUGUGCAUUUCAUGUUAGUCACUUUGACUCGUAAUUUUAUCAUCAUACCCGGUGGUAACUCAACACACAAACAUUGUCACUUGGUGAUGUUACUGUUGAGAAAUUUAGUUAGAGCCAGUAAACUUUACAGAAUCAACAUUCUAGAAUCAAUCAUCACGGUUUGCAUCUCAUCCAUACUUAAUUGUUACAUGCGAGUUCACGAUCACCAUCCACACAGACAGCAAACGCUCGAUCUUUUGCGCGACGUCGCUGUUAACACGUAUUAUAAGGAAAGUUUUAAAAUUAGAGAAAAGAUGAAUGACACCGUCUGGAGUAAUCUAGUCAAAUAUGUCCAGACAAAUUCAAAAAUAAGUUUUGACUUUUUAAGUUGCAUUCAAAAAAUCAAUCCUGAGUUAUUCAGGUAUUUGUUUCCUCGAUUCGAGCAGGUAGUCUCGGAAUGCGAACGAAAUAAACUACCGAACGCUGCAGCACUCAGAUACGCAUUCAGUAGCUUGAAAAGAAGCACAGAAUGAGAUAAAAGUUUUUGUUUAUGUAAAUACUGUCAACUUUAAAAUAAAUUACAUUUUGAAAAAAAAAGCUAAUAACUUAAAAAUUUAAUUUUAUCAUUGUAAAAAUUUUAUACAAUAUGUACUAAAAGCCGUCAACUGC